AACCCUACACUGCUGGGAAUGACUAUAUGAAAUUCCCAGUCGGUCCAUUUUGAAGCAAAAACUCGAAACAGUAAACAAUUUGUCAAUUUAAUUUGCUCAACGACUAAUAAAACUCCGAAAACAUGUCUCGCGGAAGUUCAGCCGGCUUUGACAGACACAUUACCAUCUUUUCGCCCGAGGGACGCCUCUACCAAGUCGAGUAUGCGUUUAAGGCCAUCUCACAGGAGAACAUCACUACGGUGGCGCUGAAGAGCGGCGACUGUGCUGUGGUGGCCACCCAGAAGAAGGUCACAGAAAAGAACAUUGUGCCGGAAUCGGUGACACAUUUGUUCCGCAUCACCAAGGAAAUCGGUUGUGCCAUGACUGGGCGUAUUGCGGACGCUCGCUCGCAGGUGCAAAAGGCGCGCUACGAGGCGGCCAACUUCCGCUACAAAUACGGCUACGAAAUGCCUGUGGAUGUGCUGUGCCGUCGCAUUGCAGACAUCAACCAGGUGUACACGCAGAACGCGGAGAUGCGUCCGCUUGGCUGCAGCAUGGUGCUGAUUGCCUACGACGACGAGAUUGGCCCCUGUGUCUAUAAGACCGAUCCAGCUGGCUACUUCAGCGGCUUCAAGGCGUGCUCGGUGGGCGCCAAAGUGCUGGAGGCAAACAGCUACUUGGAAAAGAAGUACAAGAACAAUCUCUCUGAGGAGAAGGCAAUCCAGCUGGCCAUCACCUGUCUGUCCACUGUCCUGGCCAUUGACUUCAAGCCCAAUGGCAUCGAGAUUGGCGUCGUCAGCAAGUCGAAUCCCAGCUUCCGCACUCUAGACGAGAAGGAGAUCGAGGAACAUCUGACCAAGAUCGCCGAGAAGGACUAAGUUCUGUCCGCUAGUUUGUAAUUUUUGAAACUUUUCUAAAUGGAACCGUGGUAAAACAAAAUAAAAAUGCUCUUGGCUUGCAUUCUAAAACAAGGCAAAAA